AUGGGACCUGACCGCAGUGCGGCCAUCACCGGACAGGUGCUGAUUUUAUACUCAGCGCUGACAUGCGCAUCCACGCCGGUGGCGCUGCGAUACCUCUACCUGCAGCCGCACCCUCCUGCGUCGCCCGUGCUGGCGGCUGCGCAGACCGGCUUUGCAGCCGUCAUCAUGAGAGGGGUGGGGGCCGGGGUGAGGAGAGCGUUGUCAAGAGCCGAGCCGGCUGUGCAGCCCUUCUUGAGGCUGGGGGCCAGAAUAGGCAGGCCUCUGGCCAGGGCGCUCAAUUCGCGCGCCAAGAAUCUGCGCUGGGCCGGGGCUGAGCUUGGUCUGCUGGCGUUCCUGGCCAACUCUGUCAUGAUCUACGGCUUCAUGUUCACAACGAUCGCGAAGGGAGCCUUUCUGAUCCGCGCUUCAAUAAUCUUCACUCCGCUUCUGUGCACCGUGGCCGGCGAGGCCGUGCCGGCUGGGCUGUGGGCCGGAUCGCUGCUCGGCUUUGCCGGCUCUGUUAUGAUCAGCCUUGACCCCUCCCACACCUCCUCUGGAGCACCUGGCGCCUCGGCAGCUGCAGGCCCCUUUGGAUUCCAGCCGGAGGUGUGGGGGGACCUGGUGCUGCUGAUGUCAGCGUGCCUGUGGUCCAUAGUCAUGGUGAUGACAAUGGCAGUGCUGUCUUUGGGGUGGCUGGGGGCGGCAGCAGUGUCUGAAGUGCAGCAGGGCGAACCAAUAGUGACACUGUGGGAAGGUUACAGAGAUCCGAUUGCAUGGCUGGUGCUGUUGUGGCCUGCCGUGGGGCAGUACAGCACCGGCGAGGCCGCCCAGGUGGCCGGGCAGGCCAGGAUCAGUGCGUCUGCCGGGCAGGUGAUUCUGGCGAUGGACCCAGUCAUCUCUAUUCUGUUAGGAUUGCUGGUGAACAGAGAGGAGACGCAGAUGGGGCCGCUUGGCUGGGUGGGUGGCGCCACUCUCAUGGGUGCAUGUAUCUUGGCAAGCUUUUAUGCGCGCAGUGAAGAUUAG